UCGCCAUUCCGCCCAUCUCUCUCUCCCUCCCUCCCUCCCUCCCCCCCAAUCUCCUAGAGGGGGCGAUCGAUCCCCAAUCCUAGGCUCGCCGCGUCCCCAAUCCCCGACCCAAGCGCAGCUCGUCGUUGUAUGUCGCAGAGCGUCGUCAAUCCGGCCAGAUCCGCCGGUUCGAGGGUUCCGAUGGAGAACCAGGAGGCGGCGGCCGCGCACCAGCAGAAGGACAGCGUGAAGGUGGCCGUCAACAUAAGGCCGCUCAUCACGGUGGAGCUGCAGGACGGCUGCACGGAUUGCGUCACCGUCACGCCCAGGGAACCGCAGGUUCAAAUUGGGCCGCAUGUGUUCACUUUUGAUCACGUCUAUGGCAACUCGGGCCCUCCAUCAUCAUUAAUUUUCGAGCAAUGUGUGAACCCACUGAUUGACGCAUUAUUCAGUGGAUACAAUGCUACUGUUCUAGCAUAUGGACAGACGGGUUCUGGCAAGACGUAUACAAUGGGUACUGAUUAUAGUGGUGAAGGAAACUGUGGAGGGAUAAUUCCUCAAGUUAUGGAGACAAUUUUCAGAAAAGUUGACACCUCAAAGGAUGGUGCAGAGUUUUUAAUUAGGGUGUCUUUUAUUGAGAUAUUCAAGGAAGAAGUCUUUGAUUUGCUCGAUUCAAAUCAUGCUGCUGUAAGACUUGAUUCAGUCUCUGUACCCAAAUCAUCAGCACCUGCCAGAGUGCCGAUUCAAAUUCGAGAGACCCCAACAGGAGGCAUAACCCUUGCUGGCGUCACAGAGGCUGAGGUGAAGUCUAAAGAAGAAAUGGCAUCAUAUUUGAUACGUGGUUCCUCGUCACGUGCAACAGCAAGCACAAAUAUGAAUAGUCAGUCAAGUCGCUCUCAUGCCAUCUUUACAAUAUGUGUUGAACAAAAGAGAACAUCUGGUACAUCUGACAAGUCAGCUAGCAGUGACUAUGAUAUAUUAUCAUCAAAGUUUCACCUAGUUGAUCUUGCCGGUUCUGAAAGGGCCAAACGUACUGGAGCAGAUGGACAUAGACUUAAAGAAGGAAUACACAUAAAUAAAGGCCUUCUAGCUCUUGGCAAUGUUAUAAGUGCAUUAGGUGAUGAAAAGAAAAGGAAAGAAGGGGCAUUUGUAUCAUAUCGGGAUAGCAAAUUAACCCGCCUUCUACAGGAUUCUCUAGGUGGAAAUAGCAAAACUGUUAUGAUUGCAUGCAUUAGUCCUGCUGAUAUAAAUGCAGAAGAAACGAUAAACACACUCAAAUAUGCGAAUCGUGCACGCAACAUCCAAAACAAAGCUGUGGUGAACCGUGACCCAGCUACAGCUGAGAUGCAAAAACUGAGGAGCCAGCUGGAGCAGCUUCAAACUGAACUGUUGUUCUCCCGCAGUGGGAGUGCAGCGUUAGAAGAACUUCAGUUACUGCAGAAAAAGGUCUCUCUGCUUGAGCUAAAAAAUUCUGAGCUUAACCAUGAACUUAAGGAAAGAGAAUUGUCAUGUGAGCAGUUGUCCGAACGUGCACGGGCUGCUCAGUUGGAAAGGGAUCAGUUAAUGCUGAAGAUUGAAUCAGCAAGGAAUGGAAAGUCAUGGGAUGCUAUUGAAAAUGCUGAUCUCAGCCAAGACGUGGACCUUAUGAAGAGCUACAUAUCAAAAAUCCAGCAGUUAGAGAGUGACUUGAUGCGGCAAAACUUCUCCAAUGCUUGCAGACAUGGUUUACAUGACCAAUUAGCCAUGGAAAGAGACAUACUUCUAAAUGACCUGGGUUCUGAAUGUGAAGUAGGAACACCUGAUGUUUCAAGUGAAGUUGAUGAAGAAGAAAAGGAGAGAGAACAUUCAUCCAUGCAAGACCAACUGGAUAAAGAGCUACAGGAACUGGAUAAACGACUUCAGCAAAAGGAGGCAGAGAUGAAACAAUUCGCCAAGAGCGAUACCUCUGUUCUCAAGCAACAUUAUGAGAAGAAGUUAACUGAGUUGGAGCAAGAAAAGAAAGCUCUUCAGAAAGAAAUAGAAAACCUUCGCCAUGCAUUAACCAAUAUAUCUUCUUCUACGGAUGAGAGUGCUCAAAAACUGAAAGAAAACUAUCUUCAGAAGCUGAACGCACUUGAAUCUCAGGUCUCUGAACUCAAGAAAAAGCAGGAAGCUCAACAACAGCUUCUAAGGCAAAAACAGAAAAGUGAUGAGGCAGCAAAACGUUUACAAGAAGACAUUCAGCGCAUAAAAUCUCAGAAGGUUCAACUUCAACAAAAGAUCAAGCAGGAAUCCGAGCAAUUUAGAUCUUGGAAGGCUGCCCGUGAAAAGGAAGUACUUCAGCUCAAGAAGGAGGGGAGAAGAAAUGAAUAUGAGAUGCACAAGCUCUUGGCCUUAAAUCAGAAGCAGAAAAUGGUCUUACAGCGGAAAACUGAGGAAGCUGCAGCUGCAACAAAAAGAUUGAAGGAGUUGCUGGAAGCAAAGAAGUCAUCUCGUGAAACAUAUGGAGGUGGGAAUGGUUCAGGGAUGCAGGCUGUAAUGCGAGCCAUCGAUGAUGAACUUGAAGUAACUGUAAGAGCACAUGAAUUACGCUCAUAUUACGAGCGACAAAUGCAAGAGAGAGCGGCGAUAUCGAAGGAAAUAGCCAAACUAAAGGAGGAAACAAAGCACAAGAUGAGUGACUGUCCUCAAGCUAUGUCUCCUAGUGCUAGAAGUUCUAGGAUCUCAGCAUUAGAGAACAUGCUAUCCUCGUCAUCUAGUACUAUGGUGUCUAUGGCCUCUCAACUGUCAGAAGCAGAGGAGCGGGAGCGUUUGUUCAAUGGUAAAGGUAGAUGGUACCAUGUCAGGUCCCUCCCAGAGGCUAAGAACAUUAUGAACUACCUUUUUCAGUUAGCAUCUUCUGCUAGGUGUCAAGUACAGGAUAAAGAGGUGGCUUGUAAUGAAAAAGAACACAUCAUUAGUGAAUUGAAGGAAAAGGUGGUUGUGCUUAAUAGCGGGAUCAGGCAGUUAGAAAUGCAAGUAAAAGAUCUAGGCCACCAAAAUACGCAGCUUUUCACUGCAUUGAACAAUGCAAAGAAAUCUGUUGGCUCUUCAAGGAAUGGCACUUGCGUUUCAGAAGAUGGUCAGACUUAUGCCUUGCGCAAGAGUGUUCGACCUUCUCAGUAUUUCGGUUAUAGUAAGAACGAUUGGUUGGACGAUAUGGACACAUCAGACUCUGAAUACUCAGGAGAAUUAGAAAAUAUGAGUGAGGAGUCUGAUGCAGACUGGGUACAGUCGACCAGGAAAGUCAGAAAGCACCGGCGAACAGUGUCCAGUCAUACAAACCCUAAUCUGGAUUAUCCAAACACACAAGAAAGUGCUGAACCAGAGAAGCCCACUGAUGAAAAGUGCAUUUCGCCCAACGAUGUUCCAUCAGGCGGCUGCUCAUGCUCAAAAUUCUCCUCGUGCAAGACCAGCAAGUGCGAGUGCAGAGGCUCAGGUGCACAAUGCGGUCCAGGCUGUGGUUGUAAGGACAUCAAAUGUUCUAAUAGGGAUUCUUCUUCAGAUAACCCAGAAAUAGUCAAUCAGGGAAUCAUGCUUCUCGAGAAUGCUUUCUGUGAGAAGGAUGCGCAGGAUGCAGAGCCAAGAAAGCCUUUGGCUGAUAUUGGUAAUAAUACGGUUAACCAAACUGCAGAGACAAAGAAGAAACCAAGGAAAAACUGGCGCAAAUCGACUGUUCAGCUCGUCCCAGCCCCUCCCACGCCCUCUGUGCCAGAGACUACCGAAGCUGCCCCGCGGGACAGAGCCGACAUCCCCCUCAAGCUGCCGCGAGCCAUGUCCUCCGGGCCCGCUGAGGGCAACCCUCCUCCCCUCACGGACCGCAAUGCCGCCAAGCCAGGCGAGUCCAUGAGCGCCGGCAGCAAGGAGAGCACUGCCGCCACGAGGCCGCCGUCUCAGCUGAGAAAGAACGCCACCACCGAGAAGGAGAACCAGUUGCGAUGAUCCCUGUGCUGCGGAAGCCUGUGGUUGUGAAGAUGGGGGAGGCCGCCUUGGCGUCCUUCGACUCUCGAAGGAAGGGGAUGUCGCAUUGUAUUGCAAAAUGUUGUUGUGCCUUGUACGUGCCUUAGCUCUGCUUUGGCUGGAACACAACGCUUUUGUACGGAAUGGUGCAGUAACAUAGUGGGUUAAUUUA